CCCCGCGCGUUGCUGUUUCCGCGCCGGCCUGCAGGGGCGCUCUGCCGACCGAGGCCGCCACCGCCGCCCCUCCGCCGCCCCGGAGCCCCCGCGACCCCGCCGCCGCCGCGGGCAGGAAUGCGAUGACCACGUCCGCCCUGCAGAAAGCCAUUGAUUUGGUCACCAAAGCCACGGAGGAGGACAAAGCGGGCAGCUAUGAGGAAGCGCUGCGCCUGUACCAGCACGCGGUGGAAUACUUCUUGCACGCCAUCAAGUAUGAUGCGCACAGUGACAAGGCCAAAGAGAGCAUCCGGGCAAAGUGUGCCCAGUACCUGGACCGGGCGGAGAAGCUGAAGGACUAUUUGCGGAACAAGAGCAAGCAGAGCAAGAAGCCAGUCAAGGAAGCCCAGAAUGACAGCAAGGGCAGCGACAGCGACAGUGAGGGUGAGAACCCAGAGAAGAAGAAGCUGCAAGAGCAGCUGAUGGGUGCCAUCGUGAUGGAGAAGCCCAACGUGCGAUGGAGCGAUGUAGCAGGCCUGGAGGGGGCCAAGGAGGCCCUGAAGGAAGCCGUCAUCCUGCCCAUCAAAUUCCCUCACCUGUUUACAGGCAAGCGCACACCCUGGCGUGGAAUCCUCCUCUUUGGCCCCCCGGGAACUGGGAAGUCCUUCCUGGCCAAAGCAGUGGCCACCGAGGCCAGCAACUCCACUUUCUUCUCCAUUUCAUCUUCAGAUUUGAUGUCCAAGUGGCUGGGGGAGAGUGAAAAACUGGUGAAGAACCUUUUUGAGUUGGCCAGGCAGCACAAGCCGUCCAUCAUUUUCAUCGAUGAGGUGGACUCUCUGUGCGGCUCCCGCAAUGAGAACGAGAGCGAAGCUGCUCGCAGGAUCAAGACAGAAUUCCUGGUGCAAAUGCAGGGUGUUGGGAAUAAUAAUGAUGGCACUUUGGUCUUGGGCGCCACCAAUAUCCCCUGGGUACUGGAUGCUGCCAUUCGGAGAAGGUUUGAGAAACGCAUUUACAUCCCGCUUCCAGAGGAGCUGGCUCGUGCCCAGAUGUUUAAGCUACACCUGGGCAACACCCCACACAACCUGACCGAAGCCGACAUUCACGAGCUGGCCCAAAAGACCGAUGGCUACUCGGGGGCUGACAUCAGCAUCAUUGUGCGGGAUGCCCUGAUGCAGCCCGUCCGCAAAGUGCAGUCAGCCACGCACUUUAAAAAGGUUCACGGACCUUCUCGCGCCAAUCCUGGUGUGCUGGUAGAUGACCUGCUGACUCCUUGUUCACCAGGGGAUCCUGGGGCCCUUGAGAUGACCUGGAUGGAGGUGCCUGGGGACAAACUUCUGGAGCCGUUGGUCUGCAUGUCAGAUAUGUUGCGCUCGCUAGCCACCACCCGCCCCACGGUCAAUGCAGAAGAUCUCCUGAAGGUGAAGAAGUUCACAGAAGACUUUGGCCAAGAGGGUUAAUGCUGCACCUGUGGGGUGCCCCAUUAUUAGGUGGGGAGCAGCUAACGGCCCAUUUUUCUGGCCAGGAGCGGAAGUGGCCAGGAGCGGCUGGUGGACUCUGCCAUGCAGAAGCUUCUUUCUCCACCAGUCUCCGCUGGAGCAUCUCUGGCUGGGGAUGGAAAAGGAUCCACUGGGGUAUCAAGGGGCAAGAGUAAGCCUGACUCGCUCUGCUGUGUUUUUCUCCCUGUCAAUACCCCAUCUUUCUGGGUUUUUUUCUUUUAUUUCUGAUGCUUAGUUUCUGUUAUCAAAAAUAAAAGCAGCCCAAUUCCCUUCUGCUGCCAGCCAUUUCCUCAGCCCCUCCCCCAGUGAGUCCAAUUCUGCUCCCCAAAGAAAAGCCAGGGGUUCUCCCAGAGACCUCUUUCCGUCUCCAGUACUGCCGUGCCUCACCUCAAGUUCACUUGAGGAAAAGGGCGUCAUUUGCCAAACUUCUGUGAUGCUAUUUUAUUGGGCUCUGGUAUGUUUUGCUGAUGUUCAGUUUCUGUCCACUCCAAACUACUUUUGCGCUCAGAACAAUUUUCCUUCCAGCCUUUGGUGAAGGUCCUCAGCCGUUGUUUGCUCCUGGGCGGAUGCUUGAUGUUGGGUCUGGGGGGCGGUAUAGCAGCCCUAGCUUCAGAGUGCAGGACUCCUUUGCAGCCAUGCAGUUCCACCUGCCUGCCAGAUUACUUUGCAAAAGAGAGAGGAAUGGUGAUUGGCUCCCAUUGGCGGCACACAGGUGGCAUUACCUGUAAGUCCCAAGGAAGCUUCUCCCUACAACCUCUGGCCAAGUAGAGUUGACUUCUAUGAGCAGAGCUGAACAGGCAGAGGUGUGUGCGCGCGCACAUAUCCAUGCCCGGGGUCAGGCCCAUUGUUCUUUACUGGGUGAAUUUGUGCCACAGGGAAAGGCAAGUACCACCCCACCGUUGUUAAUAAGCUUUAGGUCUGCCUUGUACUUAAAGACGGCUGAAGGACCGCUUUCUCACAGCCCAGCCCCCAUUUAGAUACGUUUUAAAGUGAUGGGUUGUAUGGAGAGAUGGCUUGUGGAAGAAUAAAAUGCUGGAAAUGAA